AUGUGGUACCUAGGGGCCGUGCCGCUGCUGCUGCUGCAGCUUGCAGCGCUCACUCGCCGGACGUAUUCUUAUCCAGACCUCAUCGAAGACUUUACCAGUUGCCAUGACCACCCCACUAGGGCGGAGGUGUAUCCACACCACUGGUUUGUUGUCCCGGAUCCGAUUGGAACGGCCUGGACAGCGUAUCUCGGCGGCGAACUGCUCGAUAGCCGCCUGUGUCCGGGUCACGCGCACACCAUCACGGUCUCCUACACGGCUCGCAACGGCGCUCCCGACAAGCGGCGGGCGCUGUUAACGAGCACCUUGGGCACCGUUCACAGCCCUUCCGGCCAGGACUGGGAGUUAGGGUACUUUCGGGACCCUCGCUGCGAGAACCGCAUAAUCCUAGCACCUCACAGCAACACGCUGCCGGGCUACAUUGAGCCUGAUGAAGAGAUUUUCUCGUCGUACGAUGUACAAUUGAGACUGCCGUGCAAUGCGGCAGGGAGGACGGUGGUGUUGAAAUCGUCUUCUGCAACGCACGAGUGCUUGACGAACUGCGGCUACUCCAAUGUCAUGCCGCCGUACGCCCCGCGCCAAUUGGUUGACUUUAUGAUGGAUCCACCCUCGCUUCCCACCCCUCCGCAGCCGCCCGCUCCGCCAGCUGCCUGUGAGGUGUCCACUCUCGGCUACGCCUGCUCUAAAGCUCUAGGGAAGGUGAUUGUACAUUGGACGAUCGGCGGUUCCGUGCCUCCAUCUAAUAAAUGUACGGGGACAGGCAGCAGCGACAUUAUCAGCAAAACGCAGCAGCAGCAACAGGAGCUGGGGAAGUUGGUGCAUUUUGCUGUGGAGGCGGCAGUAGGCGGCUACGUGUCCCUGGGUUUCCCGGAAAAUGCAGCACGGAUGUACGACGCUGAUGUAAUCCUCGGGUGGGUGAACGCCGACGGUCGCGGAGUCGUGAAUACCUACCACGUGACGUCGUACGAGAUGACGGCCGCGGACGUCGGCGUUCUCAAGUACAGCUGGGCAGUCAGUCCUGAGGACGGCCUGGUUGAGCACCCGGCGGACGGCUUCGGAGGCGGGCUUGUGGAUCUGCGUUCCGGAGUGGUCACGGAGCUGGACGUGGUCUCUAACCGUCGCCGUGCUGCCGUACUGGCGCAUGGUGUGCUGAUGACGAUUGCCUGGGUGCUGCUGCUGCCGAUCGGGGCCAUGGUGCCCGCACAUAGGUGGCUGUUCGAUGGACGGCAAGUUGGCGGCAAGGCGCUGUGGUAUUGGACCCAUAUAGGCAUGCAGCUAGGCGGCUUUGGGACCUUCGCUGUGGGCUUCGUUUUGGCGAUGGCGUAUUUUCGCCGGCCAGGCUCGUCAGACUCCUUGCACUUCACGCACGCAGCCAUUGGGUAUGUGGUAGCGGGGCUUGCGGCACUACAGGUCAUCCUGGCCUUCGUACGACCCGACCCCGGCACCAAGAUGCGGGAAUUCGUCUGGAAUCCCGUACACAAGCUCGGAGGCCGUGCCUGUACCCUGGUGGCUUGGUGUGCCGUACUUACAGGCAUCGUCCUACAUCGUGACAUGGUGUACCGCGGACCCGUCGUCCCGUGGGUCGUUCCAGUGGCGAUCGUCAUGGGCCUCAUUCUGCUAGUUGAUUCUUGGCUCCGAGAUCUUGGCGCUCAUCGGUUAGCAGCGCCUGUGGCUGUUACGAAAGCCGGGGCAGUGGCAGCAGGGACGGGGAUGCCGUACCUGCCUGCCAUACAGGUAGCUGCUCCGGGCAACGGGUUCGGUACGGCCAGCGACAGGAUGGCGGGCAGGUUUGGGGUCGGAACUCUGGAUGCUUCGGCUGCCAUGCAAAUGCCUCCGCCGGUUUCGUCGGAGCCGAAGUCUCGGGGUACCGUAGCCCCGGCAGUGCGCUCCGGCAUGAGCACCAGCAGCAGCGGGGUGAGCAGCAGCGGCCAGACGGCCAUUCAGGUUGCGGUUGGACCGGAUCACCCGAGUCAUAUGCGGUGAUGACUUGCUUUGGAGGCGUAGCUGCCGGGCGACACAGUGCAUGUCUGUACGCGUGUUGUUUUGUGUGUAUGUGUG